AGCAACGCCAAAUUCAGUUGAACUAAAUGUUUUGUCGGAUAUGGAAGUAAAUUUUCAUACUUCUACAAAAUUAAACGUUAAAAUUCAAAAUCGAAUUUGAACUGCAUACAUACAUAUAUACAAGCGUAGUGAAAAAGAAAAGUUAGAAAUAGAGCGCAUAAGAAAUUCUGAGACAAAACAAGUAUCAUAUUUACAAUAACAGUAAUCAACUAUCCACCAAAAGUACAACAUGUCCAACGUUAACAGCGAAGAAGCGUUCAAUAUACGCGUGGAUUACUUGAGUCCCGAAACAGUGGAGAUCGCGAAAAACGAGCUGCGCGAAACGCCCGAGGUUAAGGAGGCUGCAAUUAAGGAAUUGCGCGAACUUUUACAUGCUGCCGAAGAUAUUAACUACAAGGACGAUGAUGAAUUCCUGGUGAUAUUUUUGCGCGCUUGCCACUUCUAUCCACAAAGUGCGCUCGAAAAGAUGCGCACCACAGCCGCAUUUCGCAAAGAUAACGCCGCUCUCGUCCAUGGUCUGCUUAUCGACCAGCUAAAGGAUAAAUUCAUUGAGUUCGGUCUUGUGAAUGUCUUAAAGAAUUGCGAUCAGCUAGGCCGCCGUGUAUUGAUCGUGAAUUGUGGCGAAAUGUGGGAUACCAGUAAGGUACCAUCCGAUGACGUCUUCCGCAUGUUGUAUAUGGUUCACAUUGCCGCACAACUGGAACCUGAAACACAAGUGCGCGGUGUUGUUUGCAUAAUGGACUUUGAUGGUCUGUCAAUGAAGCAGGUGAAAGCGUUGUCGCCAAGUUUCUCGAAACGUCUGCUCACCUUCAUCCAGGAUGCGAUGCCUUUACGCAUGAAGGAAGUGCAUUUUGUCAAGCAACCAUUCAUCUUUAAAAUGGUGUGGGCGCUCUUCAAGCCUUUCGUACGCGAGAAGCUCAAUAAGAGGUUGCACUUCCACGGCGGCGAUAUGAAGUCUCUGCAGAAAUUCCUCUCACCCGAAAUCCUGCCCGAAAACUACAAAGGCACGCAGCCGAAAAUCGACUACGGCGGCGCCGAAUGGUUCAGAGCGGUCGAGAAGCAUGCCGAUUUUGUCAAAGAAUGGUCCGAGCUGGGUCCAGCGAAGUGGUAAUCGAAUACCAAUCGCACCAAUUGCUGCAACCAAAGGCUGUACAUUCCUUCUCUCUAGCUGAAAUUCAAUUAGCACUUGAAGAACAAAAACAACAUACAAUAUGUAAAUGCAUAUUUACAAGAAGACACAAGUUAUAUAAGACACUCUUUUUCAUACACUGUCACGUCUUUCACUUAGUUUGUAAGCAUUAUUCGAUUUUUUAUUAAAAUACAAUUUAGUGCUAAUAAAAAAGGGAAAACAAUCGUAUUCCAUUUGUCUAA